AGGUGGAGUGGGCAAGGGGACGAGGAGGCGAGGGGACGGUGGGGCCUGGGCUGGGCCGAGCCAGGCGGGGCUGGCUGGGCCUGAGGGCAGGGGGCUCUGAGCGUGGGAAGGCUAGAGCCCGUACUCCGCAAGCAGUGGGUUGGGAGAAUCAACCGAGGCCGAGGGACCUGCUCCAGCCUCCGGACAAGAUGGGUCGGCGUGGAGGCCGGAGGGGGCACAACCGGGGAGGCUGGAAGCAAAGCUGGGGGUCUGCAGGAGGAUAGCCCUGUAUUGAGCUGAGAUGGCUCAAGCCUAACAUUCCAUGAUCCAGGAUCGUGACAGAUGUGCACAGGUUGCUGCCGUUGCUGCUGUGGGUGAUCUGGAACCACGAGGCAGCCCAAGGCCAGGAGACAAGGCAUUUUCUCUGCCUGGAUGUGUGGGAACUCCCUGCCAACUUGAUUGGUGGAUCUGGGGGGGAUCCACCCCCACCCCACGAGCAAAGCACAAUUGAUUUUGUGGGGUGGGGCUUCAGGUGCCAGCCAGCUGAAGGAUGGCCACCCCUGUGGUCACCAAGACAGCCUGGAAGUUGCAAGAGAUCGUCGCCCAUGCCAGCAAUGUGUCCUCACUGGUGCUGGGCAAGGCGUCCGGGCGGCUGCUGGCUACGGGCGGGGAUGACUGCCGUGUCAACCUGUGGUCCAUCAACAAGCCCAACUGCAUCAUGAGUCUGACGGGCCACACGUCCCCAGUGGAGAGCGUCCGCCUCAACACCCCUGAGGAGCUCAUCGUGGCCGGCUCCCAGUCGGGCUCCAUCCGCGUCUGGGACCUGGAAGCUGCCAAAAUUCUUCGCACACUCAUGGGUCACAAAGCCAACAUCUGCAGCCUGGAUUUCCACCCAUACGGCGAAUUCGUAGCCUCCGGUUCUCAGGACACGAACAUCAAGCUCUGGGACAUCAGGAGGAAAGGCUGUGUCUUCCGAUACAGGGGGCACAGUCAGGCUGUGCGGUGUCUCCGGUUCAGCCCCGAUGGGAAGUGGUUGGCGUCGGCCGCAGAUGACCACACUGUGAAGCUCUGGGAUCUAACUGCUGGCAAGAUGAUGUCUGAGUUCCUGGGUCACACGGGGCCUGUCAACGUGGUGGAGUUUCACCCCAACGAAUACCUUCUGGCCUCCGGCAGCUCUGACAGGACCAUCCGCUUCUGGGACCUGGAGAAGUUCCAGGUGGUGAGCUGCAUCGAAGGGGAGCCUGGGCCUGUCAGGAGUGUCCUCUUCAACCCAGACGGCUGCUGCCUAUACAGCGGCUGCCAGGACUCGCUGCGCGUCUACGGCUGGGAGCCUGAGCGAUGCUUUGAUGUCGUCCUCGUCAACUGGGGCAAGGUGGCUGACCUGGCCAUCUGCAAUGACCAGCUGAUUGGCGUGGCCUUCUCCCAAAGCAACGUCUCCUCCUACGUGGUGGAUCUGACUCGUGUCACCAGGACUGGCACGGUGGCCCGGGACCCUGUGCAGGACCACCGGCCCCUGGCGCAGCCGCCACCCAACCCCAGUGCCCCGCUCCGGCGCAUCUACGAGCGGCCCAGUACAACCUGCAGCAGGCCCCAGAGGGUGAAGCAGAACUCAGAGAGCGAGCGCCGCAGCCCCAGCAGCGAGGAUGACCGGGACGAGCGCGAGUCCCGAGCCGAGAUCCAGAAUGCCGAGGACUACAACGAGAUCUUCCAGCCCAAGAACAGCAUCAGUCGGACACCACCCCGGAGAAGUGAGCCCUUCCCUGCACCCCCAGAAGACGACGUGGCCACAGCAGAGGCAGCAAAGCCCAGCCCUGCCAUGGAUGUGCAGUUUCCGGUGCCAAACCUGGAGGUCCUGCCCCGGCCCCCGGUUGUCGCUUCCACACCUGUACCUGCACCCAAGGCUGAGCCUGCCAUCAUCCCUGCCACUCGCAACGAGCCCAUCGGCCUGAAGGCCUCCGACUUCCUGCCCGCCGUGAAGAUCCCCCAGCAGGCCGAGCUGGUGGACGACGAUGCCAUGUCACAGAUCCGCAAAGGCCAUGACACCAUGUGUGUGGUGCUCACCAGCCGCCACAAGAACCUGGAUACCGUGCGGGCUGUGUGGACCACAGGCGACAUAAAGACUUCGGUGGACUCUGCUGUGGCCAUCAAUGACCUGUCGGUGGUGGUGGACCUCCUGAACAUCGUCAACCAGAAAGCCUCCCUAUGGAAGCUGGACCUGUGCACCACGGUCCUGCCACAGAUUGAGAAGCUUCUGCAGAGCAAGUAUGAGAGCUACGUCCAGACGGGCUGCACCUCCCUGAAGCUGAUCUUGCAGCGGUUUCUGCCCCUCAUCACGGACAUGCUGGCGGCCCCACCCUCCGUGGGUGUGGAUAUCAGCAGGGAGGAGAGGCUGCACAAGUGCCGGCUCUGCUACAAGCAGCUCAAGAGCAUCAGUGGCCUGGUCAAGAGCAAGUCGGGCCUGAGCGGCCGCCACGGCAGCACCUUCCGAGAGCUGCACCUGCUCAUGGCCAGUCUGGACUGAGGAACGCGGUGGGCAGGGUGCCCGGCAGCCCACAGGGCCUGGCCUCGGCCCCCACUCCUGUUCCUUCUGUGCUCACCGGCCCAUGAGCCUCUGCCUGGCCCCUGCUGCUGCCCUGUGGCCAUCCUGGAGCAGGUGACGCUGGUCCCUGGCCACCUCUACAGCCCCAAACUCUGAGACAACUCUCUCCAGCAGCAGCUGCCCAGCUUGGCCCAACUGUUGCUUCUUGGGGCAGCGAACUGACUCUGGGGCUGCUGCUGUAAUUUAUAAGGCAAAUUUUAUUAAAUUUGUAACUAUU